AUGGGUUCCAAUCAAGCCCAACCUACUCAUAAGGCUGAGAUUCAAGAUUUUAUUCGAUGGAUCGACGACAACUCUAUUCAAGGACUGACCUCAGACAGCUCAUCGGCACCGUUCAUGCCGCAGAAAAGGCUGACUGAAUACAUUCGUCAGGGUACUCGCUUGCGCAACCUCCUCAAGGAAUUAUUUUCCCCGACCGACCCUCCUGUCCAUGUAGAACCUGAUGCUAUCCUAAAGAAUUGCACUGCCGUUCUCGCCAUACUUGUCAGAAUCGAAUACGGCCGAUACAUCGAGGAAUUUGUGCGCCAUCGAGAAUUGUUCGAUAACCACCUUCCCUUUCUUACGAUGCCGGCCAAUUUCCCUCGCUCAAACAAUGAAGGCGUAUUUUUCAAGAAAUUUGACGAAGAGCAGUGGCGGUUUUGUGCUCACAUUUUCUCCAGAGCCCGUAUCGAUGACCAAAUAUCUGCCUCCUAUAUCCUUCCAAUCACAAGCAAGGAAAAAAUUGCCGAGGGGGGAACCGCCAAUGUGUUUAGAAUACAAAUCCAUCCCGAUUACGAUGAGUUGGAUCCGCCCACUGGCGAUUCGGACGAAUCUCAUGUUCGUAAGCAUAAUAACACAUAUGUUUUGAAAACUUUCCACUCUCGAAAGUAUCCUGCCAAAUGUUUGUAUAAGUCUGAAACAGCCGCCUUUGCCUACUUGAAGCGGUCAUGUGCUCUGGGCAACAACUUUAUCGGAUUCCACGGGAGUUUUGUCUACAAUGACACGUACAAUAUUCUCCUCGAAUACGCCGACAUUGGAUCACUUGAAGACUAUUUCACCACCAUUUCUCCACCCUCCACCGGUGAAGAUAUCCUCAAGCUUUGGACGUCUGUGUUCGGACUUCUCACGGCUGUAGAAAACCUUCACACGAUCGAAGCUGAGGGGAACUGGGAGGAACCAGUAUGGCACCAGGACAUUAAGCCUGAUAACAUCCUGGUAUGCAGUGGACCAUCAGGUUCCCCGUAUGAUUUCAAGUUCAAGCUCGGUGACUUGGGCCUCGCUCAUUUCCGGAAGGAGAAGUUCCGACAUGAGAAUGCUCGAAAGCUUGGGCGAGGACAGCUGCAAUCUAUAUUGGACAAGGACUCUGGUGGCACCAAGAUAUACGGUGCACCAGAGUGCUAUCAAGGUGACGAUUCGCACUACUCGCCGAAGCGCGCCAUCGGCCAGUCAGUUGACAUCUGGUCACUUGGUUGUGUGUUCAGCGAAGUUGCCCAAUGGAUAGCACAAGGGAAAGAAGGACUUGACAAGUAUAGGCAGCGUCGCAUGAUUGCAACCCGAAAAGUCCCAGGCCACCAAGACAUUGGCUGCUUCCAUGACAGGGAUCAUGUUUUGGAAUGUGUUAAUGAUACACACGAAAGCCUCUUCGAGCAUGUCAGAGUGUCUGAUGUCAUGAUGAAGCCUGUCAUCAAGAAAAUGGUCGAAGAAAUGCUAUACGAAAAAGAAGCACGACCAAAUGCGACGCAGUUACUGUGCAAAGGAAGAAAAAUUAUUGAAAAAGCCAGGCGCGAUCUCAACGAACAACGGUAUAACGAGUCAUUGUCGCAGAGCCCAAUGAAGCGCCCCACCAGUGCAAAAGGGGAUGAAGUGAUCUCGAUGCAAGACUUUCAAGAUAGACAAGGCUCUAAAGGAAAGAUGCGGCGCCGCCGCCGCCGCCGCAGCAGCAAUUCGAACCAAGGAUCCAAAAUGCACUCGCCUCAUGAUGAAGCUUCCUUCUCGCACCCAGUUAGCGUACAGAACCCGGAUGAACUUCCCAGCCAAGAUCAAUCCACACAUCUUUCUCCAUCUCCAUUGUCUCCCCCAUCUCGACCGCCGAAGAACUCAAAGGAACAAGCCCUCCCUCACAUGCCGACUGAUCAAGCACUGUUUCAAAUCAUCUCAGCAAAACAUGGCCAUGAAAAUAUCUCAAAGGAGUGUGGGAGACUUCUAGACACUCUUGGCAAGAGGGAUCAUGUCUUUUUGAUCGAUGACGCAGCUUCGAUGAAGUCACAUUGGGAGGAUGUUAAAAUGAUUGCUACGAUAUUAGGCUACUUCCUAAAAAAAUAUGAUGACGACGGCAUGGACAUUUAUUUCUCAUCAUCCAUAAAAAGGUUCAAGGCCAAAACAACUACGCAAUUGUUGAAUUGCUUGUCGGGCUAUGAACUACAAAACUCGUCAAAUGUUGGCUCAAAACUGGGAGAAAUUGUGACCGAAUACAUUGACACGAUCGAAAAGUAUCACUCCCACAAACUCUACACCCUUACCAGAUCCCGACCAAAACCGCUCAACAUUUACGUCCUGACUGACGGUAUAUGGCAACCUGGAUCUGAAGCAGAAACUCCGAUCAGGCGGUUGGCCUCGACAUUGAGUCAGCUCAAUCGAAAGCAAGGGCAUGUAGGAAUCCAGUUUAUCUUCUUUGGCGAAGACAAGGAGGCCGAAGAGAGAUUGAAACGCUACGAUUCUGGACUGGGCCUGGGGCAGAACGAAGACAUUGUCGACAUGGAACCCGCCAGAGGUAACGUGUUGAAAAUGCUCGUCGGCGCCGUCAAUAAGAUGUUCGACGAUGACUUUGGCAUGUCUCAAUCCUCCCUAUCGUCAACUUGA